GUACUUGCUUAAGACUGAGCAACCUCUUGUCCUCCAUGAACUUGGCCGCGAUUGGAACGAGGAUGGCAUGGCAUCUUUCAGUAGUUCGGCAUUCGUUGCGAGUUGCUCCGCAGUUUUCUCCGCAAUCUCGAUGUGGAAAUGAUAAGGGUCCAUUUCCCGUUUCUGCGAGCAACACACGUCAACAACGGAAAAGGGACACAUCAACGAUUUAGACGCUGACGAGUUCAAAAGGAACACCAUAAAAAGCUUGUGGCCGCACACACUGGUGUGUAGAGAAGGAAAUCACAACACCCGAACAAGUGGCCGUUGAAGAAUCGGGACUGCAGGAUUCCUAACAAUAAUAAAAUUGGGUGAGAAUGUACAUGUGUCCUCACGUUUAGCAUGGACCCUGCUGACACGCUGACCAACGGGUGACAAGGGAGGGGCUACGAUACUCUCCGGAUGGGAAACAGAAAUGCACCCAUCCACCAAGUAUUUUUUAUGCGGAUGUAUAGUAGUGAGGGAUGGUACAUAGUCGCUUCAUCUUGGGUUCUUUCACGUUGGAUCGACCCAUUGAAGAAAAAGCACCUGCGAAAAACCACUUCGAUUACCACCAACAUUCACGACACAAGAUAACAUGCAUAAAUGAGAAGAAGCGAUGGAAUGUCAACAGAGAACACUCGGAACUACAGUAGUCGGCUGUCGGGGGCUUCACAAAACGCUGGCUCCUGUGUACGCCCACACGGGAACCGACAUCUGCCGCUUGACGCUGAGUGAGAGGACAUCCUGACGCACCAUCUAUGAGAUCCAGCGAGAAACGCUCCUCUUGAAGGGUAUAGUGCUUCAAUUCGGACCUGCAAAAGGCUUUUAAACAUAUCCACCCUUUUCGUUCACC